CUCUGUGCAGAAAAACAAGCAAUUUGUUUUCCAUUCUGCUGCCUGAGACAACCACAUCCUCUUCCCACACCCGACAGGCUCCCAUGGAAAGUUCAGAUGUGGAGCUGGACCUCCAGAGGAGUGUGCAGGCUGUGCUCCGUGAGCUAAGCACCCAGACCCCUGCCCUGCAGAGCAACCAAGGCAUGUGGAGGUGGUCCCUGCACAGGAAGGUCGAGCGAGAUCCUAGUAAGAGCCCGGCGCUGGUCCGCAUUCUGCUCAGAGAACUGGAGAAGGCGGAAAGCGAGGACCUCCGACAUGUCAUCAUUCCCUUGCUGCACACUGUAAUGUACGUGCUUACCAAGGCCACAGGAAUCACAGAGGAGCUCUACCAGAGAACCUAUGCCUUUUGCACAAGAUUGCUGACCCUGCCUACCCCCUACUGCACAGUCGCCUUGGACUGUGCGACAAGGUUGAAAACGGAGACAGCCGUCCCAGGGACACUGUACCAAAGGAUGGUCAUCGCCGAACAGAACUUGAUGAAUGAACCAUAUCCGUACCAAGAGAGAGUGUUCCUCUUCGUGGAUCCUGAGCUGGUGUCUGCCUCUGUAUGCAGCGCUCUGCUACUGGAGAUCGAGGCAGCCCAGGUGCAACAGACACCGGAGGCCUGCAUGCGCCACGUGGUCUCCCAUGCCCUACAGGCGGCUCUGGGGGAGGCCUGCCAUGCAGGCGCUCUGCACAGGAAGCUGCAGGCCAGCUCCCUCCGCACCCUGGAGCACUAUUUCCACGCCGUGGUGGCUGCCGUGGAGCAGAUGGCCAGCGAGGCCAGCCCGAGCCGGGCGGGACACGUGGAGAGGCUGGAGGAGAUUUACUGCUCGCUGCUGGGGCCAGCGGCGGGGCACUGCUGCGGUGACCCUGUCCAAGAGCGGCCACCAAGCAUUCCCCUGCCCAGCCCCUCCAUUACCUUCCACCUGUGGACCGGCAAGGAGCAGCUCUGGAAGGAACUGGUGCUCUUCCUCCGCCCAAGAUCCCAGCCGCGCCUCAGUACUGACUUGGAGGUCUUGGAUCUGCAAGGCCUCCGGCCAGACCGGGAAUUGGCCCGGGUGUCCGUGCUGUCCACUGACAGUGGCAUCGAGCGGGACCUUCCCCUGGGAGCUGAUGAGCUACCUGCACCCAGCAGCCCCGACAUGGAGCGAGCUGGGCUGCAGCGCAAAGGAGGCAUUAAGAAGCGUGUGUGGCCCCUGGACUUCUUGAUGCCUGGCAGCUGGGACGGGCCCCCAGGGCUGCACCGGAGGACAGGCAGGCCCGGUGGGGAUGGGGAAGUGCUUCCCGGCGUCUCUCGGCUGCACACAGCCCGGGUACUUGUGCUGGGAGACGACAGAAUGCUCGGGCGCCUGGCCCAGGCCUACCACAGACUCAGGAAACGGGAGACCCAGAAGUUCUGCCUCACUCCCAGACUCAGCCUGCAGCUCUACUACAUCCCAGUGCUGGCGCCUGAGAAGCCUGCAGCAUCCAGGCAGACAGAGCUGGGAGAGCUGGCUGCGUUCCUGGGCCGCGUAGACCCAUGGUACCAGAGCACCAUCAAUACACUGUGCCCCGCCAUCCACAAGCUGGCUGAGAUGCCUCCUUCCCUGGACACAUCCCGGACUGUGGACCCCUUCAUCCUAGAUGUCCUCACCUACUAUGUCCGCAUGGGCACCCAACCCAUUUAUUUCCAGAUCUACACAGUCAAGAUCUUCUUCAGUGACCUGAGCCAAGACCCUGCUGAGGACAUUUUCCUCAUUGAGCUCAAGGUGAAGAUCCAAGAUUCUAAAUUCCCCAAAGAUGGCUUUUCACCCAAGAAGAGAGGUGUGGCCGAGGGCCCAGGGGCGGAGCUCUCCCUGUGUUACCAGAAGGCCUUGCUCAGCCACCGGCCCCGAGAGGUCACCGUUUCCCUGCGGGCCACUGGGCUGGUCCUGAAGGCCAUUCCAGCCAGUGACACAGAAGUUUCAGGGUCUCCUCAUUGCCCCCUGCCUGCUGCUCCUGUCACAGACCACACAUGUCUGAAUGUCAGCGUGACAGAGGUCGUCAAGUCCUCCAACUUGGCGGGAAGGUCCUUCUCUACAGUGACCAACACCUUCAGGACAAACAAUAUCCAGAUCCAGAGCCAGGACCAGAGGCUGCUGACAUUGUCACUGGACAAGGAUGAUCAACGCACUUUCAGGGAUGUGGUCAGAUUCGAGGUCGCUCCCUGCCCAGAACCAUGUUCUGGGGCCCAGAAGUCCAAGGCGCCGUGGCUCAAUUCACAUGGGGAAAAGGAGAUGGAAACGACCAAAGCCAAGCCCAAACCCCUGCUGAUGCCUAUCAACACGUUUUCUGGCAUUGUCCAGUGAGCCUGCGGGGACAGCAGGCCCAGAAGGAAGGAUAUACUACCCCAUCAACCCCAAACACUUACACCUACAGCCAGAGCAAGGCCCAGCUCUGCGGGGCAGCUUUGGCCUUGACCAGGUGCCAGCGAGCGUCUGGGAGCACAGAGAGCCUGCUGUGGGGACUGUGAUGAAGAAGGGCUCACACGGAGGCCUACGGAUGGCCUGGGCAAUGCCACAGCUGCUUGAGAACACACACACCAAGCCCAGCUUCUCACACAAAUGGCUACUCCUUCAUUUAGCUUUAAUUCCCACUUCUCCCACUGUCCUCUCCCACUCAAGCUUCCCACCCAGCCCUUAAAACCAGGGUUAGAGCUGCUGUUUUGACCAGAGCCCUGUGGUCCUAGGGGAAAAUAGGAAGCAGGGAACAGCAAUGGCACUGCCUCCCUCCCAAGUUUCUUCCCUUCCCACUCUCAGGCCACUGCCCACCUCACCCAGCCCAGGCAAGGGCCUCUAUCAGGUGGGGGAAAAAUGUCAGAUUCAAUAAACAUACACUGAAAUC